AUGUCUAGCCUUAUCAGCAAUCAAGACAACAGCCCUUUCAAGGCAAGAAGAACAUCUUCAACAGUAUCAAAUCAAAGUACUCUAAGCACCCACGAGAUUGAGUACAUGUCACUUCGAGACGAAAACCUUUGCUACGAAGAUGACGCUGAUUUCCAUAUUUUCAUUGAUGCCAUGGAUCGCGUCGAUGAGCUCGUCACACAAAUCACUUCUUCGCCUCAGGAGGGGCGAAGACAUUCAAUGAGCCGCGUAAUAUUCAGUGGACUCAAACUACGCCGAGGAAGUCAGGAUCGACACAACAGCACUCACUAG